GGUUGGGUGCCAGGAAAUGGCGGAGGUUCGGCGUCGCUGCCGGGAUGUGACUGACGUGCCAGCAGCUCGUCGCCUGAUGCGAGCCGUUCGGGGCUGAAAUGGCAGGAAACAUGAGCGUGUUCCAACAAAAUGACUGUAGGAGGCAGUCUCUGCUUGAAAGACUUCUUGAUGCUGUUAAGCAGUGCCAAAUUCGCUUUGGAGGAAGAAAAGAAAUUGCAUCAGACACUGACAGUCGGGUCAUCUGCCUGUGUGCUCAGUUUGAGACUGUGUUACAACACGGUUUACGGAGAAGCAGAGGAUUAGCUCUUACAGCAGCUGCUAUCAAACAGGCAGCAGGAUUUGCCAAUAAAACUGAAACAGACCCUGUGUUUUGGUAUUAUGUGAAAGAACAUCUGAAUAAACAUGAACUGCAAAGAUACUACUCUUUAAAGAAUAUCACUACAGAUAUAGGACGGGGCAGAGCCUGGCUUCGAUCUGCACUCAAUGAGCAUUCACUUGAACGUUAUAUGCAUAUGCUUCUUGCUGAUGCAAAUCUUUUAAGUAUCUUCUAUGAAGAUUGGUCCUUUAUGAGGGAGGAAGAGCGUGCAAGCAUGCUUCCUACGAUGGCAGCAGGGUUAAACUCUAUCCUCUUUGCAAUCAACAUUGACAAUGAGGAUUUGAAUGGACCUAACAAGCCUGUAUCUGCAGUUGCAAACCUAUUAAAGGAAUCCACGCAAAAUGUCACAUCCCUGUUAAAGGAAUCUACACACGGGGUUAGCACGCUCCUGAAAGAAAUCACAACAGCUUCUGCAGUGCCCAGUUUCAUGCGACCUGAGCCUGAAUCAGACCGACUGCCAGUUCUGUCUAAAACUGUGACUCAAGGGCGACUGAAAGUGGACGCAGAACUGCAGAAGAGGCCUCACCAAUGUCCUGUACAACCUCAACAUGACGCCCCAACUCUUGGACUCAAAGGUCUGAGCAAUGAAGAUGGAAAAAGUAAAAGAGAAAAGAAAAAAAAGAAAAUGGUGCCAAAUAUCAUCUCGUUUGAUGGAGACAAUGAGGAGGAGGAGCAAAGCUGUGCCGAGCAAGUGAAAACUUCAGAUUUAACGAGAGAAAGCUCCGAGGAAAAUUCAGAAAGAUCCUCUUCAGCUGUUUCUUCAGCCAUGGAUUCCUCCAUGAUUUUAGCUUCUUUUAGUCCAGAUUUGAAUAGAAAACCAGAUUCAAAUGAAAAGCAAUCCAACAGCAGUAUCUUGAAAACUGUGGACGUUUGCCUUAAUGGUGAUUCCAAUCACAAGAAGCUAGAUAUGAAAAGUAUUGAUGAUGACGAUGACGAUGAUGAUGAUGAAGUUGUAGAUAGAGAGCACAUAUACCAAAAGAUCUCUCAAAGUAGAGAGAAUGAGGAGGGCAGACCUGAUUCUGAACAAUCUCUUGUGCAAAACUUAUCCGUCUCUCAAAUGUCCAGCUGGAAUACCCUUCAAGUCCUAAAUGACAAUGACAGUUCUGACAUUCUUUUUCCAGUAAUGGCAGUUGGUUCCUAUUCUCAGUCUGAUGCCACUUCUGAUAAUCUGGUGUGCUGUGAUGAACAUGACAAUGUCAUUCUAGCUGUCGAACUUGCCCAGAAAGGAUCCCAGCAUCAAUAUAGUUCUGAAGCUGCUCCUCCACUUCAGGUCGAUGUUGUUAGUGGUCUUUUGCCAACUUCUACUGUUCCAGAAACCAUGACUGUUGUUCUUCCAAACUUACGGAGUGGUGAUUCCGAUAUUAUGAUCCCAGAACCUAAACCUGUGGUUGAUAACGAUGAGCUGGCUAACACCUAUGAGCGAAAGCUAAUAGAGGUUGCAGAGAUGCAUGGUGAACUCAUAGAAUUCAAUGAAAGACUACACAGAUUACUGAUGGCUAAGGAGGCCCUUAUCUCACAGAUGAGGCAGGAACUCAUUGAUUUACGAGGGCCGGUUCCUGGCGAUUUAAGUCAAACCUCUGAGGACCAAAGUUUAUCAGACUUUGAAAUGUUUACAUCCGGAUCAAAGAUGAUGAAUGGAACGUCUACAGGAGAUACGCUGAAUUCAGAGCACUGCACAUCAGGCUAAGGACCAAGUUCCCUUUAGUGAACACCUUUAAUUUCCCACCUAAAAAAGCUAUUGGAAACAAGGAUGCAAAGUUUGUGGAGGAACGUCGCAAACAACUCCAGGAGUAUCUACGGAGCAUAAUGAACAAAAUUAUACAAACACUUCCAGAGUUUACAUCAAAUCCUAAAAAAGAGACCCUUAUGCACCUGCUGCCAUUUUGUGUUGAUGUACAGCCAACUGGGGAACCUGCAAGUAAGGCACAGUCAAAGGUCGUCUCUAAGUUUUCUAGAUUGAGCAGGACUCACCCCAGGGAGACACGAAAUCCUGAGCCUCAGAGUGGUGACCUUUGACCUGUGAACUGAGAAAAGAUUCCAGCGUACACCCCUUUGUGCGCAACAUCAGAUAACCUUUCAAUACACAGCUGAGUUAAGCCGAGGAAGAUAGAGUGACAGUGUUACAUCGUGGGAAAUGAUUUUGAAAGCUGUCAGGUUCUCAUGGGUCUUGUACAUUGUUAGUAAUUUGGAAUGCAUUAUUCGCUUCAUAGAAAUAUAAGUAUAGGAUAAGACUCCCUUUCACUUGCACAGUUUGAAAUGUUUACAGUCUGUAUUGAUUAUUUAUUGUGGUAGCACAAUUGGAACAUUUAUUUGUUACAUUUUUGCCUUAAUUCCUAAUGCCCUUGCCCAAGCACCAAAAACAUGUCAGCUUCUUUGUGUUCACUUGUUGAGCAUAUUAAUGACCACUCCUGUGUCUAUAGACUGCAUCUGAGGGGAUUAAAAAUUUCUGCACCAAUUUACAAAAGCACUGUUACUGAAUUUCACACCGUUUGGAUGGCAGAUAAAUAUCAACCAGAAAAAACUUCAAGCCAGAUGUAAUUUAUUGACAUUGAGAGUUGCUAAGUGCUGUUUCUUCUUUCACCACUUUUUUUUUGAAAAAAUGGAUUGAGUAUGAGUUUUAUUUUGUUAACAGACUCUUCAAUACGAACUGGAAGCCAUUUAAUCAGAACCCAGUUUUUUUUAAAAUAUAAAAUGUGCAUAGUUUCCAACUCUGAAAUUCAUUAUAAUCACCUGGUUCUAGUCUCACAAUUUAAAUGCCAAAUUUUGUUCUUUAGGCAGUUCUGAUCAGUCAUUGCACAUUUAUAUCGUUAUAGGCUGUGAAAUGACGGCAGCUGCAUUAAUAAAGGUCUUGUCCACUCACAUUAAUUCUUCUGAGAGUGUGGUAAGGUUCACAGUAAUAAAAUGCUUCUCAUGCACGAAUAAUGACUAAUUCAAAGACACAGAUAUUAACAAUAGCAUCUUAACUUUGUUCUAAGAUUUUUACAAAAUAACAACUGAAACGUCAAUUCUCAGUAAGGAAGGGGAAUCAAUACAGAAUUGUCACUGUUGCACAAAGCUACAACUGGCACUCCGUACUCAACUCGCCAUUCCUAGUGAGUGAAGGUGUAAUUGAGACACCACAGUUGGAACACUUUACUAUCUGCCAAUGUAGAGAAUGUUUCUUUUAAUCAUAGAAGAUCAAUAAACAGUAUUGUUUUCCAAAUGAGACACAGCAGUCUUAAAAUUAAUGUGGAAACAAACAUGUCCAAAACAACUUAAAAAUUUAAUUCUGCUUGUAUCAUUUUCUGGAAACAAUAUUGUUGGUUUGGAAUAUUUUAGAUCCAUCUUUAUGCUUUCAGUUUUACAUUUUUUAUUAAAUUUUAUAAAAUUCACUGUAAUUCCUCCACUUAACAAGCAAAUGCUAAAGUCUAAGGUGAUUUUCCUCAAUGUUAGGCUUACAAAUUCUACCGAAAAUGCAUAUUGGCUACAAUUACUUACUCUCAAAGUUUAUGCUGUAAAUGUGAAUUGUGUGAAUUGCAAUGCGAGAAAAUUCUUUUUCUCUUGAACGCCUUAUUAGCUGUUACAUUAACAAGUUUAGUCUUUCUGCUUCAGAACUUUCUGACCAAACAAGACCCAGUCAUAAUUCACCUUGGAUAACAUCCUUGCCAGAAUUGGAACAUCAGACCACAAUAAUCUUUUGUCCCUCUAUUUCUUCUCUUCCAUCAACUGUCAAAUUCUUAAAGUUUCCCAAAAGCAAACCAAGUGUAAUAACCUCAUCGUUGACACUGUAGCUGGCCUUUCUCAUCUCCAUUCAACCCUGUUAUCAGUCUUCAGCAUUCUUGCAGCCCACUUCAGCCGUAGCAUUCCACUAAUCCAUUUAGCUGCCCAUCUCAGUUGUUUUCACCAAAAGCUCUCAAUCAUCCUCCAUCACAUUUUACGUUCAUCAUCCAACAGGUUUGUGAACACAUUUAUCUGUUCAAUUGUAUACAGUUCUUGGUGAAAAUAAAUUGAAGUGCAGUGACAGAGAACUGGAGAGAGCUAACAGUAGUGGUGCUGACAUUUCAUAUACACUGUUUUGGUGAUUAAUUACUUAGGAAGAAGUUAAAGUCAUCUGCUCCUUUGUUAGCAUCUAUUCAGUUGUACAUAAACCAGAUUAGACGUGAUAUUAAAUAAAUUAAUCUCUAUCGUGUCAACCUGUGGGGAAUGUAACAUUCAAAAUUGUAUUUAGCACUGCUGUUAGAUUUUAAUUUUUUAUUAGAAAUUCAUUGAGAAAAGUGUUUCAUUACAACUGCUUCUGACAAGGCCAUUUACAAGAUAAAUGCUACAUGGACCAAAAUGUGUGUGGGGAUAUAAUGCAAUGUAACUUUAACAGUGGAAGUAUAUACAUACAGGACUGUCAGUUCAGAGAUUAAACAUUAAUUGUGCCAGCAAUCAAAGAGACGUCCUGUUAAAAGAGCUUUUUCUUACCUAUGGGACCAUGAAAACAAACUUUAGAAUAAUUAAUAAAUAUGCAUGAUCAUGAUAAAAUGUAAGGUGCUGACAUUUUUGUUAUAUUUUCGAUAUGUCACUAGGCUUGCAGUACUGGAACGAUCAGAGAAUCUGAUAGAUUGGCUUGUGAAAUUCUAUGUAUAGAUUUUGCCAUGUGAAAAUUUAACGUUCACUCUAAAAUCAUUAAAGGGCAGGGAAAAUCUAAAGGGAGGACAUUCUGUUCUAAAUAUUCCCUUUGAGCCAUGUAUUGGUGAACUAUAGAGUAAUAAAUACAUCACUUUUCAAGCAA